AUGUGCCCAUUUCUUAAUGCAGUCCGAAUACUGAUCUUGUGGUUCAUUAUAAUGGCCUUAUUUGUAAAAAAGAAUCAAGGGAAAAGAAUGGCUGAGUUGACUUGGACUUGUUUAGAUAAAUUUGGAACUAUUUUAUAUAACUUUCACUAAAGAUGUAUUAUAUGA